GCUCGUCCUCAGCUCAGAGGUUUUCGAAGUAAGUUUCGCAUUCCUUAGGUUUUUUAAUUAUUACUCUCUUCGCAGAACAACCCAUCGAAACGAAUUCCAAUCGAACUCUUUCUAUUUCUCGCAAAGAAUCAAGUGACAGUCUCACAGUCAGUCAUCACUGGAUUGACUAGAGCACUUCAGAAUAGCACCUUCUUUCAUCACCUGAAUCCAUCUCAAUUUAUUGCCCUGAACGUAGAAACAAAGUAGCUUACCUAAAUGUUCUAUCAGUAUAAUGAAAUUUCCUAAUUCUCUGAAGAUAGUGCAAGAUAUUCAAUCCACUUUUGAACGGUGGAAUCAAAACAAAUUCUUUCGAUACGCUGCUCCUUUUGUUUUACUCGUCGUUGGUUCGUCUUUUGCGCUCAAGAAUUUCACAUCAUUAAGAUAUGAGUAUCGUUCAACUGCAAAAUUGGAUCCCAAAGAGUUCGAAGCGAAAGGAAUCAAAAUGAAACCACCAGGAUCCGUUACUUUGGAGUCUGAAUACGAAAAACUGAAGGAACUCGAUUUGGAGAACUGGGAGCAAGUUCGAGGUCCAAGACCUUACGAGGAUCCCUCUGAAUUUGAAGAAACCAAACGAAAACAACAGGAGAAGAGAGCUGCUGAAAGGCAAAAGAAACGAGAACAACAGGAGUUAGCGGUGAAAAGAGGCCGAGGUCAACUGGAGGAGUAAGAUUGAUACUGUGAUUACAAUGGAACAUGAUUCGACAACCAAUUUGAACCAUGAAUCAAACUGCUUGCAACGUAAACUCCUUCCAACUAAUUCGAGACCUUUUGUUCAAAUGAGUUUGGAGGAAUUGUCCCUAGUUCAAGACCUUUUUUGCUGGACAAAUACCAAAGUUCGUUGUAUCGGUUAUCUAGUGGAUGCAGGCCCCAAUUUACUCUUGCGUAGUUGUGCAGAAGCUUCCGGUCAGUUUGAGAUCAAAGUUGAUGUAUCACUAAUGGAAAGGAUUCCCCCCUCGGGAAUUGUCAUUCAGCUGUUCGGAGAGAUUUGUCUGAGUGAAGCUAAAAUUCCAUUCAUAAGAGGUUGUUUGUACAGAAAAUUUGAGUCAGUAGAUCUAGUUCGUUAUAAUCGUGCGAUAGAUACCAUUAACAGGUAUUUUCCCUGGAAUAUAGAUGUGAAUGCAAGAAAGAAAAAUCAUCAAAAUGAUGAGGGGAA